AUGUUUGGAAGUACUUUCGGUCAAAGCCAGCCAGCUGGCGGAGGUUUAUUCGGGUCAACAAAUACCGCACAACCUUCAGGUGGUUUAUUUGGAUCUACAAAUACCGCGCAAAAGCCAGGAGGAUUAUUUGGCUCGACCACAACUACAGGAGCUCAAAACCAGGGAGGAGGGCUCUUCGGCGGCGCAGGGCAAAAUACUCAACAAAAUCAACAACAGACUGGCGGACUUUUCGGUGGAGGACUAGGAACAAGCACUCAACAGAACCAGCCUCAAGCGGGAGGAUUAUUUGGAGCAAAUGCACAACAGCCACAGCAGCAACAACCGGGAGGUUUAUUCUCUGGACAGACUAUGGGAGCGCAGCAGCAAAACACAAUCCUGGGAGGAUCACAGCAACAGACUGGUUUAUUUGGACAGACGCAAUCGUCGCAAGCUUUGGGCCAGUCACAAGGACAAUUUGGAAAUUCUUUGUUUACAAAUACAAGUGGACUGAAACCUCGAGAAAAGAGUGUGAUAGACCAGAUUGAAACAGUUGUGGGUAAAUGGGAUACAGGAAGCAAGGACUGUGCCUUCCAAUAUUUCUUCUAUAAUAAUGUUGGUGUGGACGAAGCACCAUUCUAUCAACCACAACCCAACGAAGACCCAAGAGCUUGGGAAGAAGCCCUUUCGAAAAAGCCAGGACCUGGAUAUAUUCCAGUCGCAUGCAUCGGUUUCCAAAUGAUGGGCGACAGGAUCAAAGCCCAGCAAAACCAUCUUGCAGCAUUCAAUAUUCGGUUACAUGAUAUCAAUGCUAGCUUGUCGAACCUACUUCAAAAUCACGACACGAGGACUAGUAUACGGGCAAUGGAUGCGAGAAGGAAACAUGUGGUCUUAAAACAACGAUGCAUAGCAUUGGCGACUAAAGUGCAGGUCCUAAGAAACAGAGGCUAUGCUCUUAGUGGAGACGAGGAGGACCUGAAAGCUAAACUUAUUAAGAUAGAAAAGGGGGCUAGCGAUCCAGCACUGGGUGCCAGAGCAGAAGAGAUCUGGGCUCGAAUGAUCAACGUUCAAGAGCGAGGUCGGUUAUUGAGGACGGAACUGGAGAAGGUUGGGCAAGAAAAUGGAGAGAUUUUGGACGACACCAUGACCGCGCGAUGCAAGAAGAUUCUCGAAGACUAUCAAACUCAAUUAGCACAUUUAAAAAAGGAGUUGGAUAGGGUACACAAGGAUUAUGUCGAAUGGGAAAAAGAGCAGCCACCACAAAUGGCAGCGAGGACAAGAUUUGGCCGAUGA